AUGUCAGAUGAUGAAGCAGAUCCUGAAUUGAUCGCUCUUCUAAGAAAGUCCCUAGGACUAGACAGUGAACCGGCGACGGGGAGACCAGCGGAGACCAAAGUGCUGGAGAACGCACAAUACAUCUUUGACAACUCCAUUGAUGUUGCGCUAGACCCAUCAAAGACCAAACAGGCGGCAGAGACGAUAUGGCGUCUGAUGCAAGAGAAGGAAUAUUCGACACAGACAUGGUCGGAUCACGAGCUGCACCCCCAGAGCAAGGAUGAGAGCACGGUGAACUUCAUCUUCACCAUGGACCUGUUGAACUUCAGCUUCUGGUCUGACGAGCCAGACGAAUCCAAGCGUUUCGUGAUUGAGUACCAUGGAAAGACAUACAGCGGUUACUGGAGCUUGGUGGCCGCGUUACAGAGAGCCCUGGAGGAGGAUAUCCCCAUCACUACCCCUUCCUUCUGGCUGGAUGAGGAGCAAUGCUCCGAGUCAGUUUUGAAGCAUGUUUUUCGAUCUGCGACGGAGGAGGAGAUGCCAUUAUUACGGGAACGCAUGCAGUGCCUUCGUGAAGCGGGCCAGGUGCUUUGCGAUGUUUACGAUGGAAGCUUCGUCAACUGCAUCUACGAAGCCAACAAUUCCGCCGGAGUGCUGGUCAACCUUUUAGCAGAGGAAUUUGCGUGCUUUCGCGAUGAGUCCAUUUUCCACGGACGUAAAGUGCGAUUUUACAAGCGCGCUCAGAUCCUUGUAGCGGAUCUUUGGGCUUGUUUCAACGGACAGAGUUUUGGGGAAUUCCACGAUAUCGACAAGGUGACCAUGUUUGCUGACUACCGCAUCCCACAAAUGCUCCAUCAGCUGGGGUGUCUCAUGUACUCUCCACCACUCGAUAGCCACAUCCGAUCCCUUAAAACUAUCCCCAGCGGUUCCACCUGGGAGGCUGAGAUGCGUGGCACCAGUAUCUGGUGCGUCGAGCUGAUCCGACGGGAAAUCGAACGCCGACACCCAGAGGUGAAAGCGAGGCGGAUAUCCACCUCCAUCCCCAACCGUGCAGAGACCAAUAUCACCAAUGGGUUAGAUGAGAGCAUUCAACAGAAAGGAGAUCAAAGCCAGCAGCACUCAAGGCAAAAUUCUCGAGACAGCGCGACAAAACAGGCUCCUUUGUUUGGCGUCAAUGCGAUCCUGAUUGAUUUCUUUCUCUACGACACGAUGAAGAAGCUGGAACUGGAAAAGCAAGAAAGUGUUCCUCACCACAGAACUAGAAGCAUUUGGUAUUAA